AUGUCUUCUAACACUACAAGUAUGGCAACCAGUGCGCCUAUAGCUACCUCUUCUGCUGAAGUCCCUUCUACGACUUCAGAAGAAUUGACAUCCACGUCAUCUAUUGCUGCUUCAUCCUCGAGUGCAAUUGCUAACACAAGUCCAUCGGCUACAGUCACAAGUGCUGAUCCUACAACACCUGCUCCUAGCAUUCCUGUAGUUCUUCCAACUGAACAAACUUCAACGCAAACAACACCAACAACAACACCACCACCACCACCACAAACGCCGACAUCGACACCAACGCCAACAUCAACAACUCCAGUAACAGUUGCAACUACUCCUACCACCUCUGCUGCCACAACUCCUCAACCUACAACAGAACAAACUUCACAAGCCAGUACCACACCUACCACAACAGCCGAUCCUACAUCAGCCACAGUAAUUGUAUCCGUUGUUACUGUGACUCCAACUGAUGGUGUAUCAUCUGGACAAGUUACAACCGAAUAUAUCACAUCCACACAAGCUGUUACACCAAAAACCUCCUCUACAUCAGCGACAUCCUCCCCUUCAACAGCUUCCGGAACAGCCGGUUUAGUCAACGCAGGGAGUAACAGUACGAGCAGUAAAGGGAUUGGAUCAGGAGGAACAAUUGCCAUCGCAGUAGUUGUACCUAUUGUUGCAGUUGCUGCAUUAAUUGCUGCUGGAUUGUUCUUCUGGAGAAAACGAAAGCAACGUAAGGAUGCCGAAGAAAUGAGAAGAAAAGAAGUUGAGGAAUAUGGAUACAACCCCAACAACGAUCCGACCAUACCAGCUGUAGGAUCCGGAGGAAGUGAUGGACCAUUCGAAAUGCGCGAAGAAGAAGGAUCCGGAUAUCGUGGAUGGGGUACUACAGCCGUAGCAUCAUCAGGAAGACAAGGUUCAACGACAUUAUCCGGUGGUCAGUCCGCAGGUGGAAUUGGUAUGGCUUAUUCGGAAGGAACUUCACCGACUCAUGCAGUCUCCGAUACUCGAUCUGACAAUCCUUUAGUUGAUCAUCACGAAGAUGAAAGUAUGGGUGUGAUGGGACCAGCUACAGCAGGAAAUCGAGAUAUAAACCGUGGACCCUCGAAUGCUUCAUCAUCAUACAGUGCAGCCAAUAGAUCAGAUGGUUCAGGUGAAGGUCCGGGUGGUUAUAAUGCUGGUGGACAAUACUACGAUCAAUAUCCAGCCGGAGGAAAUCCAUACACGGAUGCAACACCAUAUGGAAGUCCACCAAAUCGAGCCGAAGUUUCAGGACAACCAGUCAUACGUGAUGUAUCAGCACGGAGAAACACACGAAUUGAAAACCCAUCUCAUUACCCAGGUCAACAAAGCGCCGGUAUUUCACAAAACUUUUAA